AUGCAGCUUAGUCAUAGGAAUUUAACUGAAGAGAUUAAAAAUAGUACUCAACAAGUAACAGCUCAGUUCUCAGCUAAGGUUGAAGAGCAUUCCGAGAAAAUUUCAGAGAAUAGACAAGCAAUCAUAGAGAUAAAUGACAAGAUAAGUCAGAUUAAAGAACAGGAAAUGAUAAUAACACAGAAAUUCCCUUACAACGUUCAGCUAGCACUCUCUUGUCCUCAAAUCAAUAAUCUGCGUGACUUGGAAGAUUGUCUGAAUAGAAUUCAGACAAUAAACGACAACAACCCACGAGUCAAUCACAAAAGACUCGACGCAACCAACAACGACGAGCGGCUAUCAGCAGGCAUCAGAGAAGCAGACAGCACGUAUCCUGAGAGUCGCAGAUGGGAGCCUCGUAGAUGGGAGCCUAGUGGAUGGGAGCCUCGUAGAUGGGAGCCUAGUGGAUGGGAGCCUCGUAGAUUGGAGCCUAGCAGGCAGGAAGCAGGCCGAAGGACGUAUGAAGGAGGAGACGGACCGCGACAGCAACAGCAACAGCCGCGACAGCAGGACCAGCGCCAGCAGCAGCAGAAUCAGAGACCGCAGGAACAACGCCAACAACACCGCGACAAUCAACGCAGAUUUCACGAGAGUCAGCAUGUGAGAGAUGGAGGUUCCCACGCCAACAAACAGACACACUCGCCAAACCCGCCACAGAGCCCGAAGCCGAGUGAUGCGCGACCGAGCCACCCUCACAGCACCGACCCCAGCAACAACAAUCCAUGUAGCAAGAAUUCAAAUUCAGGGACACCAAUGAAAAAUAUCUGA